AUGUAUCCAGAGAGACGGCCCUAUGCGACAAGCAUGCCGCAUAGCGGGUACCGAGCGAAGCCGCUCGUCCCACAGCUGCCGAAGGAUGCACUGGUGAUGCUGCGCUCCCAUAUCGGCUACGAUGACCUGCAGAAUGGUGGCAGCGAUCAACCGGUCUCGCUCCUGCGCUCGGCGGCAGGGCGCACCUACCUCGCGGACGGCAGCUCUACACUGUCGUCGAGGCAGUUGACCUCAGCGCAGAAGCUGUUGCCUCUCACCGAUCGGAGCUCGCAGGCGGCGCUGGACGCGGCGCGGCUGGAGCCCCCGAUCGAGCACGCGUCUGUGGUGUACCACGGCUGUCAGCAGGCCGUCUUGAACGCGGAGUUACGGGAGAAGGUGGAGGCGCACUAUAAGCGCUGGUCCGCCCGCGUGGAGGAGCUCCAGGCACUCUUUUCCGACCUCCCGACGGAGAGCGCUUUGCACAACACGCGUGGAGUGGAGAGCCUGCACUCGUACCUCCACGCCUACAGGUGCACCGAGGACAUGCUAGUCACGCCUGCUGAGGUGGCGGAGCAGCACGCGCUGCGCACGCCGCUGCCGGAGAUAGACGUCAUGUCUCAGGUCCCGGCGAUCCCGAUGGACACGAUGCGGUGCUCGCUGGACGACCUGCUGCGGUCGCCGUACCUGCUGGCGCCGCUGGACACGCACCUGACGCAUCUGAGCUUGCUGGACAAAGUGGGGCAUCUGUCGUGGUCGGGCGAGGGGGAGGUGGAGGUGGCGACGCGUUGUUUGAAGAAGCCGCGGAGGCAGCGAGUCAAAGCUCGCAAGGAUUGCACGGUAGAGGAGUCUGAAGAGACGAGGGUCGUGCUGCAGGUCGAGGAGACGGCCGAGGAGGAGGACAUCUACCCCUCUCGCGCAGCUGUUGCUAUGCACGAGCGCCUGCACUACAACCCCGGCGACUACGCGCAGCGCGAGCUGAAGAAAUCGGAGGAGGCGCUCCGUGAGUUGCAGGACCGCGUGCAGACCGCCAAGCGUCAGAAGGAGGAGGCUAUUGACGCGGCUGACCCACUCACUGCCCUGCGCAACCUGCACGCGCAGGUCGACUUCUCCAACGACCUCCUGCUGCUGUACAAGGCCCGCAUGGCACUCGUCUCACUGCACUCAGACGAUACCCGCGACUUUCGCCGUGAUGUGGUGAAUCUGAUCGACGACAGCCAUCGAUCAGUGCAGGCGGUGCACGGGUAUGCCAGGAUGGCGCUGCCCAGCGUGCAACACGACGUCCGUGUUCUGACGGAGGCCGUCCAGCAGACGCAGCAGCAGCUGACCGCCAUGCAGGCGACGGAGGCUGCGGCCGACGCGGGCAUGCGGGCCCACAUGUGCGGCAUGGACAAGGCCGCCCGUGCGCUGUGGGAGGAGGUUCAUGCUGCUCUCGAGAAAAUCGCUGACAAUGCGCGCGAGCGCGGCCGCUACGCACAGAGGUGUAUGUCCCUGCGUGAGCAGCGUGCCAAGGAGGCGGCGGCCGUGCAAGCCCAGCUGCAGGCGCAGUCGGCCCACUACGAACGCCUGUGCCGCUGCGAGCAGGUGCUGACGCACUGGGAUCAGGCCGGUGACGUGCUCGGCAAGUAUGUGGACGCAUGCGUGCCGAAGCUGCUGAAGCAUCUCGCGGCGGUCGAGGAGAGCGACGCUGACCUCGCCCAGCGUGAGGCAGAGGAAUACGUGGGCCACUACGAGCAGUUCGUGUACGCGGCUGAGGAGGCCAGAGCGAAGCGGUGCACGCAGGCGGACCGCAUGCGGCUCUUGCAGCGCAGCACCCUGCUAAACCAAGAGCGCGCGAGUGACACGAUGGACCCCGACGCCGCCACGCACGCUCAGCGCCUAGACGACGUCUCGCGCGAGCUGGACGAGGUGCAGCUGUACCUGAAGUACGUGUCCGACAUGGAGGCAGACCGGGAAGCGGAGGUGGACCCGGUGCUGAGGGGCGUCCUGGCACGGCAUACGCUGGCCCAGCUGGGCACGGCCGGCGAGGAGGGCGAGGCUGAGAAGCCGCUCCCCACACCGGGCCUGCUGGAGGACGCGCCUGCUGCUUCUGCAGCCGAUGCCAAGCCGUCCCCGGCCUCGCCCUCGACGGCCACUGAGGCCACGAGGCGCACUGCUGCCGCCUCGGCAACGGCAGCAGGCGGUGGCGUUGUCGUCGCAGCCACCACUGCCACCGCUCCACCCUCUCUCUCGGUCACGGUCGCUCACCCCUUCGUCACUGCCCGCCUGGUCGGUCUGGCGCACGAGAGUGACUACCUCUCUCAGCAAGGACAGUUGGUGGGGCAAGAGUUGCAGGCAGUGGAGGCGAAGUGGACGGGGCUGCGCCACAGCCGUGAGGAGCUGCAAGUCAUGGAGGCGAAGUAUAAGAACGGCGACGACAUCCGUGCGCUGCUCGGUGUGGACAAGCCGUAG